AUCGUUGCCGACAGGCGACAGAUCCGAUAGACGUUUCAAUAAUUUCUUUUGUGCAUUGUGGAGUAAUCUUCAAAAGCUUUUUCAUUUAUAAAAUUAAAAUAUGAGUGACAACAAAGUUUCUUGCCCUAUCUGUUCUAAAGAAUUCUCAUCUGCAGUAAUAGAAAGUCACGCAAGUAAAUGCUUAUUUUUAAAUGAAUCGGUAAGCAAAGAAUCGUCGUCUUCCUUCAGAGAUGAAAGUCCGGCAAGGAAACAUAUUAAAUUAAGUCAUAACAAAGGGAGUAAGAAUGAUAUAAAGAUGACAAAACCUGAUACAGAUUUUCAAAGCUCCAAUAUUUCAUCUAAUAGCAAUGCAGAUAAAGAAGUUAAAAAGAUAUUUGGUAAAGGUCAUGUACCUCUUGCCGAACGUAUGAGACCUACGACAUUUUCAGGAUACAUUGGACAAUCACAUAUUCUUGGACCGUCAACAAUACUGUAUCAGUUAUUAAAUAAAAAUGAAAUACCAAAUGUAAUUUUAUGGGGUCCACCUGGUUGUGGAAAGACAUCUUUGGCAAACGUUAUAGCUCAUAUAUGUAAAAAUAAAACAAAUGGAAGAAUUAGAUAUGUUAAACUAUCUGCAGCAAUGGCUAAUGUAAAUGAAGUGAAAGAAGUAAUCACAGUAGCUUCUAACGAAUUAAAGUUUAAUAGGCGAACAGUAGUCUUUCUGGAUGAAAUACAUCGUUUCAAUAAAAUGCAGCAAGAUGUAUUUUUACCUCAUGUUGAAUCUGGCACUAUUACACUAAUUGGUGCAACAACGGAAAACCCUUCUUUCAGUUUAAAUUCUGCACUCCUUAGCCGUUGUAGAGUCAUUGUCUUGGAAAAAUUAAGUGCAUCUAAUUUAAUAUCUAUAUUAACCAAAGCCGUGGAUUCAUUAAAUGGGAUAAUAUACAAUUCAAAUCAAGCAUUAAAAAAUAGUGAACAAUUACCAAAGUUCAUUAUAGAUAAACCAACCAUAGAAUGGUUAGCAGAAACUUCUGAUGGUGAUGCUCGAAUAGCAUUAGGUGGCUUGGAAUUAGCAGUUCAAUGCAAAAUAUCAAGUGAUGAAGAAUUUCCUGAAAAAGGUCCUGUGACCAUAACAUUGGAUGAUAUCAAAGAAAGCCUUAAGAAGAGCCAUAUGCUAUAUGAUAAGAAAGGUGAACAACAUUAUGACACGAUUUCAGCUUUACAUAAAUCUGUUCGAGCAAGCGACGAAAAUGCUUCUCUUUACUGGCUAACGAGAAUGAUGUUGGGAGGUGAAGAUCCAGUUUAUAUUGCGCGAAGAUUAGUAAGAAUGGCAUGCGAGGAUAUUGGUUUGGAAGAUCCAAAAGCUCUUGGAAUAGCUGUGCAUACAAUGCAUGCAUGUAAAAUGAUAGGAAUGCCCGAAUGUGAUGUGCUUUUAGCACAAUGCACAACAUAUUUGGCACGAGCACCAAAGUCUAGAUUAAUGGAAGAUGCAUUCAGAGCUGCUCAAAAAGUAAUAACUGAAUAUAAAGGACCUCAGCCAGGUGUACCAUUGCAUUUAAGAAAUGCUCCAACAAAACUUAUGAAAAAUUUAGGAUAUGGCAAAGGAUAUAAUAUGAAAAAUAGAGAAGAGUCAGGAUUAAAUUAUUUACCAAAAGAAUUGGAAAAUGUAAGCUUCUUUGAUUGCGAUGAAGAUUAUAUGACAUGAAUGUAAACAUGUGCACAUAGUAUAAGUAUAAUAUAUUUGCAAUACUCAGGGAUAAGCAGUAUUUUAUACUUAGAUAUACUAGUUAUCAAUGUAAAAUAUCCAAAUAUAAGAUCUAGAUGAGAAGUAUCAAGUAUGUAUAUUAAAUUUUAAUAGAAAUUUUAUACUGUA